AAAACCCAACUGUGUGUGGACGGACUGUGUCGAGAGAGCCUGAGGGGAAGAGGCGUGACAGGCACCACCGGGUCAUAUGAGCGUCAUCAGCGGCGGUCAGAGGGAGUCGCAGGGACAGCGGAGCGCCAUGUCGCCGACGGAAAAUACCUCCGUGCCGGGAUAAACGGGAACAUUUUUACCCCUGGAACCCGAACCCGAACAUCACGUCCACAGGUUAAACUACUUGCUCUCUUGUUUGGUCUCUAUUGGCCUGGAUCACUAACCCCAGAAAACCCGGCACGCUGCCGCCGUGAUGUCCAAGUCUGCCCUCCUGAAGGUCAUCCUCCUGGGUGACGGUGGCGUUGGCAAAUCAUCAUUAAUGAACCGCUACGUCACCAACAAGUUUGACUCACACCUCUUCCACACUAUAGGUGUGGAGUUCCUAAACAAAGAGCUGGAUGUGGACGGGCAGCAUGUCACCCUGCAGAUCUGGGACACGGCGGGUCAGGAGCGCUUCCGCAGCCUCCGCACACCCUUCUACCGCGGCUCCGACUGUUGCCUCCUCACCUUCAGCCUGGAUGAUGGACAGAGCUUCCUCAACUUGGCAAACUGGAAGAAGGAGUUCGCUUAUUAUGCUGACCUAAAGGACCCUGACAACUUCCCCUUUGUGGUACUGGGCAACAAACUGGAUGUUCCAGAGCGGCAGGUGUCUGGGGAGGAUGUUCGGCAGUGGUGCCGUGAAAACGGCGGACACCCGUACUUCGAGACAAGCGCCAAGGAUGCUACAAAUGUAGCAUCGGCAUUUGAGGAGGCGGUGCGCCGUAUUCUGGCCUCAGAUGACAGAGAUGAUCAUCUCAUCCACACCAACACAGUAGACUUACAGAAAAAGAGUCACACGACACCUCGUUGCUGUUGAACUGAGUGCUGAAUUACUGGAAGUGGCACUUAUACAGAUGUCACAUGAGGGAUGACUGUGGUUACAAAAUGAAGAACUGAUUCUAUUCUAGAAUACUGCAUGUCCUCAGUCAUUCUCUUAACUAGGAUCAGCAUUUAAACCGAUCUUGAUCUUUGUAUUUUUUUUAGAUUAAAUCUAAUGGUUUGUGGUGUUUUUAAUUAUCAAGCUCCAAACUCUUGUGGAGCUUUUGUAAAGUAAUGAUUGUUUUAUGGAAUGACUGAAAUGGCACAUCAGGAAUGAUAAAUUGUGACUGUCUAAACCUGAGCACCACAAGUGUCUUCAUGAGCUUAAAUACUGCUCUGUGGACCUUUAAUAGUCUUUAAACACAGGGUGUCAUCUUUGGGUAGUGAUUGAGACAUGCUGAAAACAAAAA